UAAAGUUGACAGUUCACGGGGGAGGUUCGCGGGAAAACGUACCAAAGCAAUUGUUUCAGAACCGCAAGAACUUCGUUUUAAAAGUACCUGUCAAAAGUAGACCGAUUCAUCCGAACAUUUAGUUUGUAACUUGUAAAACAUCAGACUAAAAGUAUCAGAGCUAAUAGCUUUAGCUGUUGAGGAGUCAUUGCCGGCGUGGUUAUCGCUGGAGCUCUGAGGAGUUUUUAGGUCUUGUGCCGUACGGCGACGAGUGAACACGCCGUGGUGUGAAGACGACAAAGUCAGCGAAGAUGGCAGAAAGGCCAGAAGAUCUGAACCUUCCCAAUGCGGUCAUCACCCGUAUCAUUAAGGAGGCGCUCCCAGAUGGGGUGAAUGUGUCAAAAGAAGCAAGGAGAGCGAUAUCCCAAGCUGCCAGUGUGUUUGUGUUAUAUGCAACAUCUUGUGCAAACAACUUUGCCAUGAAGGCCAAGCGAAAAACUCUGAAUGCAGGUGAUGUCUUAGCGGCAAUGGAGGAAAUGGAAUUUGAGCGAUUCCUGGAGCCUCUCAGAGAAGCCUUGGAAGUGUAUAAGAAGGGCCAGAAGGGAAAGAAGGAGGUGUCGGAGCAGAAGCGCAAAGAUAAAGACAAGAAGACGGACUCUGAGAAUGACAAGAGCAGGGAGGAGGAAGAGGAGGAGGCGCGCAUGGAGGAAGAGCCUGAAGCAGACAACGAGGUGGAGGAAGAAGAGGUCGAAAACUGAGGACAAUCCCCAUUGGUGGAAGCUCUGUUUAAAUAACGAGAUGCACUCAGUAGCCCUUCAGAGGUUAUCACUGUCAGGACAACAAGUCAGGUCCCAUUCGAGGUAUGGUUACUUCUUCCACAGUCGUUUUUCUUUUUCCGUAUGUUGAAACAAAGCACAACAAAUCUCGUACUUCCUUAAAAAAACAUUUAGCAUGUGACAAAAUGUGACAUACACUUGCACUGACUGGGGUUGAUCGGUUCCCAAGCAAAGCCUGUAUCUCAGCUAAACCAUUUUGACGUUUACAUGCUGUCAUUAAAGAUAACAAAAUGUCUUCAAAACCCGUUCUGGUUGAAAUGAUGACAAGACGAAUGAAAAUCACAAGUUAAAUGCUUGCAUAUAUCAACUAUAGUCUUUGAUAGUAACUAUAUGAGAUACAUAACAUAACGUAAAAUUCUUUCAGCUGGGAACCGUACAGUGAUGAACUGGGAAACUGAAAAUGGAAACAUGCAUUGCCACUUUUGAGAAAGACUUCAGAGUGGACUUGUUUUUGUUUGUAGCAAAGUUGUUUUUUUUUAUGUAGAAUUUCAACAUGAAAUGCUAGAUUUGUUUGCUGCACCAAUGACCUGUCCAUUAGCAAUUUAUACUUUUGUACAAUUUUUGUGAGUGGCAGAAAUUUCCAAUAAAUAUUUUUAG